UAUAUAACACAAAACAAUAAGUCUCACUAAUAUUUAUUAGAAAAAUGCUUGAGAGCACUAAAAAGGGAUCACUAGAGGGAUCACUAAUGAUGUGACAGUGGGCCCCGCCCACUUUCUAUGCCUUGUUUUUAUUUUUUUAUUAUUUUUUUUGCCAUUCCCAAUAUAUUAGUGCUAUUACUAAUGUAGUUUUUAGUGGUCUAAAUCAUUGUUGUAUUUAUUAAUGUAAAUUUCAUUUUCUUUAUAUCUAGUGAAAAGAAAAUCGUAUAAAAAUUCGUUAAUGCAUAGCAUUUUCCUAUUGCAAAACAUUUAUGAUCAUAAGUGCACAUGGUGAGGGAUUGGAUUGUGGGGGCAUAGACAACAAGGCCUUACAGUCCCAAACAAAACUUCCCUUUCAAGCAAACCCUAACCCCACAUUAAAAAUCAAUAAAUAAAUAAAUAAAGAAGAAAGAAAGAAAGAAAGAAAGAAAAAGUGAACAAAAUGAUUUGAUUACCCCAACAACAUCAAAUGGGAAAACCAUAAAACAAAGGGUUGGCCCUACUUUCCAACCCCAAAUGGUCUCAACUCAACUCUCAAGGUUGAUAUGGAAUUGAUGAAUGACAACUUACAAAGUCUCAUUGAGAGAGCAAAGGCAUUGCAUGAUGAGAUCAGCUUCAAAAUAGAACAACAUGACAGUGUUAGAUUAUGCAGAUUUUGUUCAGAGCAUGGUCAGCACUAUUGUGGUGUUACAGUUACAGAGACCCCAUUGGAGGAGAGGGAAAGCUUGAUUGCUACUAGAGAUUCACUCAAGAAUGUUGAGAACAUGCUUGUUUUUUUUCAGAGAUUGAAUUCAUGGCAGCAGAAAGACCGGUAUGCAGCUCUUGCGCGAAUGGAAGAAAGCCGACAAAUCCUAACGGAGAAAGUGACACACUUUCAGGGGAGAGCACUAGAUGUAAUUGAAGAGUUGAAAACAUUGAAAACAUGCUUUGAAGAAGAUGAUACAAAAACUGCUUCCAAUUCAAAAACAACGGUGGUUGACAAAAUCAAACAGAACAUCCUCUGCUUUGGGAGUUUGAUCAAGCCAUGGAAUUGGCAUAACACUGCUAAAGAGGCUAUGAAAUUGAUUCUGGUUUCAGCAUUCAUUUCAUCUGCAUUUGGGUUUUGUAGAAUCAGGCAAGGUUGUGACGGUUCUCGGAGAAAAAUGCUUUCGUUUGCAGAUUCAACAACAGCAGGAGGGAGAAAGGAUUUUCGGCUAACUGCUUCGAAAAACAGUUUUGAUGUUUUCCAUGGAAGAGGGUGAUUUUUUGAAAUCAUUUUGAUUAGUUCUUUAUAUUGGUUUGUCCUCAGAGUUGUUUUUGCUUUGAAAUCAUGUUUGUUCCAAAUACUGAUAAAUUUCACAUCUCAAUUAUUAUACCUAAGCACACAUAUUUUUUGAA